AUGUCCGCCCAUCUGGCAAGGGCAUCGUUUCUCUCGACCAGAAUCUCCACACGUCAGGCUUCUUCUCAUGCACAGUUUGUUUUUCUUCCGUAUCGAGAUUCUUCAGUUUUUUUUCAAAUUUAUGACUUUCAAGCGACCAACAUGCCGUUUGGAGAACUAUCAACAAGCUUGGAAGCGAAGGAAAAUGGGACAACAUCAACAACAAGCCGAAGCUUUUUUUGUUUGGACAAGCAAAAAAAGACACAUACGCCGCAUACGGCGCUAUCGUGAGUUAUAAAAUUUAGGCUAAUAAAUUAUCAUAUUCUUCAUUCGUUGCAAUUUUUUUUUUAAAUUUUUGCAACACUUUCUUUAAAAAAAUAGCGUGAAUGAGAAUUAGUUUUUUCAAUAUUAUAGAGGUUUCGGUUUCAAACUUAUAUUCGAACAUCAAAAAAAUUUUACGUUUACGAAUUCCUCAUAAAAAAAUUUGAUCAUUUUUUUAAAAAAAUUUCAAGGCGAAAUGGAGGUUCCUUCACUUAUCGAGACAUUAAUAUUCUUGUUACCCCGAUAGAUUAUGAAAAAAAAAUAAGCAAGAAGGAGUAAUUUCUUUAAAAUUUUCUUGGAUUCAUACGGAAGGCCCAACGUUGACCGGCAGCCAUAAAGUUUUGAUGAACUUGUUUUGAACGGGUUUUUAAAAUGACUUUUAUCAUUCAAGUUUCGGAGAUAGCUAAUUGAAAAUUUUAAUAAGUUUUUUUAAUAAUUGGUUUUGAAUGUAAGUGAUAGAAAAGAAGUGAAAUAGUUUUUUUUAAGAAUCGAAGCACGGACUUUUUCCAAUCCACUCCUUAUGGUCCUUACAUGAAAGUCAUUUGGAGGUUGGCGCUCUUGCUUGGAACAGUUCAGGUACCGUUUUUUUUCAUUUGAACUUCACGUGGCACUAUUUUAAAAUUUUCACCUUUUCUUCCCAAUUUUUUUUUUGCUGCUUCUUGGGAGUUUCUUUUUCUGUCUUGUAUCUUGCUGAUUACUGAUCAGAAUAUUCAUAAGUUGAAAUAUGAUUUUUAGAAGGCUUCGUUUUAUUGAUUGAGAGGAGACUGUGCUUGAACCGCUAAAUAGAAGUCCAAAAAUACAGUAAAGUUUUUUAGCGUUGGAGUUUUUAUUAAAUUUGGCUAAAGCGUACUUCCAGGACCUCCUGAUUGAGAAAGAAAGAAGAAAUUUUUGUUUUCCGUUUUAUAAACGAGUUAUGGUAAUCAAAAAGUCGGAAACUCUGAACAAAAAUCUACGAAAAAAACAUCUCAGCUUGACUUUAAGCCAAAAGAUGAGAAAUUUUCUUAUUGUUCGGUCUUGAAGCACACCUGACCCAAUGCUGUUUAACCUUUGUACACAUUCAUUUAGUCUUCAGAGAUGACUCUCUGCUGAAUCAUAAAAUAAUUGAAGAGUUAUUUGUCGGUUUGCGAAACUUUUUUUUUUCAAGUUCGGUCCGUAAAUCAUCUCGUUGCUUCUCCCAGUAGUAGUAAACGAGUUUUGAGCGUUCCGGAGGUCAACUUCUUCUCCAUGUAGGAACAGUUCGACGGCCAGCUUGACCAGGAUUGGCGGGCGUCGGAUUGAAUCUAAGGGGAGAGCAAAAAAAGAGACCAACCACUCGGGAGGUAGAAAUCAGUUUUGAAAAAAAGUUCAACCGGUGCUUAAAGACUUUUUUUAAAUCUUCUAUGAAUUAAUAAAUGCAGAAGCGUCGUUAAACUCAGUUCUCACAAACAAAAGUAAAUUUAAAUAAAGUUAAUUGUUAACGAUCAAUUAAAAGAAAAGAGAGCUAGGAAUCUUUUGUAAAAAUGGCACGCUCUCGAGAUUGAAACAUGAAACUAAAAAAUGAACAUAAAAGUUAAUAUUUACCGAGAAAAAAAUCCACUACAAUUUUUUUCCUUCUUGUAACAGUGGCUAUUUUGUGUGGAGAAGGAAAAUUGAUUUUUUUAAUUUUUUUUCUCAAUUUUUAGGCUGGCGUCAUUCUUUACGAGUGGCUUGUUCCGGAGCAGAAACGCCUACAGUACAAACAUCGCCACCAUGGACAUCAUGGAGAACACCAUUGA